UUGUACUGGAACUAAUGAUUCCUGUGCUGGACAAUAUGACCCCAGCUCCUCUGACACAGAACUGCUCCAACUGCAGCCAUGUUUUAGUCCCAGAGCUCAAUGUGGUCAAGGCUGUGGUUUUGGGUCUGGUGCUUGGUCUCUUUAUUGGGUUUGGAGUCGUGGGAAACAUUCUGGUGAUCCUCUCGGUGGUUUGCCAUCGACACCUGCGGACAGUCACGCAUUAUUUCAUAGUUAAUCUGGCAGUAGCAGAUUUGCUGCUGAGCUCCACCGUACUGCCGUUCUCUGCCAUUUUGGAAAUCCUGGAUCGAUGGGUGUUUGGACGGGUUUUUUGUAAUGUUUGGGCAGCUGUGGAUGUGCUCUGCUGCACGGCUUCCAUCAUGAGCCUCUGUGUAAUAUCUGUGGACCGCUACAUUGGAGUAAGCUACCCCCUGCGUUACCCAGCAAUCGUUACAAAACGCAGGGCUUUCUUGGCAUUGAUGCUGCUCUGGGUGCUGUCUAUCAUCAUAUCUAUUGGACCUUUGUUUGGCUGGAAAGAGGCACCGCCCGAGGACGAGUCCAUUUGUAAGAUCACAGAGGAGCCGGGCUACGCGAUCUUCUCUGCAGUGGGCUCCUUCUACCUUCCUCUGACCAUCAUACUGGUAAUGUACUGUCGGGUCUAUGUGGUAGCUCACAGAGAGAGCCAGGGCCUGAGAGAGGGCCACAAGACAGAGAAGUCAGACUCAGAGCAGGUGAUUCUCAGGAUACACCGAGGCAAUGCAACUGUCUCGGAUGACGAGGCCCUUCGCAAUCGCACACAUUUUGCUCUGAAGCUGCUGAAAUUCUCUCGUGAGAAGAAGGCUGCCAAGACCUUGGGCAUUGUGGUUGGCUGCUUCGUGUUGUGCUGGCUCCCCUUCUUCCUGGUGCUACCCAUCGGUUCCAUCUUCCCUGCAUACAGACCUUCAGACACCGUCUUCAAGAUCACCUUCUGGCUCGGUUACUUCAACAGCUGCAUCAACCCCAUCAUCUACCCAUGCUCCAACCAGGAGUUUAAAAAAGCUUUCCAGAGUUUACUUGGAGUUCACUGUUUGAGGACGACUCCCAGACCGCACCACCAUCAUCAGAGUCAGAUGCAGGGUCACGGCCAGCCCCUCACCCUGGGCCUCGACAGCAGGGGGCCUCCUUCUCGGCUCAGCCCCUCCUCCUCCAUGGCUCUCUCAAGAACUCCUUCCUCCAGGGACAGCCGGGAAUGGAAGGUCUUUUCCGGAGCCCCUGCGGGCGAUUCUGGACCAGCUGAAACGAGCAGAGCGAAAGUGGCCAAACUCUGCAAUAAAAGCUUACAUCGGACCUGCUGCUGCAUCCUCAGGGCCAGGACGCCCCCGCGGGAGUCCGGCUGCGCCCACCCCACCUCCGCCAGAAACCUUCCCACUAUUAAAAUCCAUCAGCUGUCCCUAUCGGAAAAAGGAGAGCCCGUAUAGCCACUGUAACGCUUCAUCCAUUUGUUAUGAGUAGCCUUUCAAGGUCGCACAUGAGAAUAAAUGCCCUUUUCCUCCGUUAACAUCACAAUGGAAUGAGCUGGUGGUGAAAU